UCUUAUCUCAAGUCCCAACCCCUCCUAUAAAAUCCCCCUUCUCUCUCUCUAUUUCUCUCUCCCAUCCCCGUUCUCCUCUACCACCUCGUUCGCCCCCCUCGUCUCCUCCGUCGCUGGAGCCGCCGCAGCGGAGAUGAGCUACUACAACCAGCAACAGCCCCCCGUCGGCGUGCCGCCGCCCCAAGGUUAUCCUCCGGAGGGAUACGGGAAGGACGCGUACCCGCCGCCGGGGUACCCGCCGCAAGGGUAUCCGCCGCAGGGGUACCCGGCGCCGGCGCCGGGGUACCCGCCGCCGCAGGGGUAUCCGCCUCCCUACGCCCAGCCUCCGCCGCAGCAGCAGAGUAGCGGACCCUCGUUCAUGGAGGGAUGCUUGGCCGCCCUUUGCUGCUGCUGCCUCUUGGAAGCGUGCUUUUGAGUCGGCGAUCGCAGCUCUCAUCAAACCCUGCGUGCAACCGAAGGAUGGUUGGCAUCAACCGCUAGCAAAGUAGAUGAUCACAUUCACUUCACUGCUUCCGAAAGAUUUUAUUUUUACCAUUUUACUUUCUCCUCUUCUCGUCGACUUGUGCUGUGAGAAUAAUCUGAAAUUGGGUAGAUGUUUAGGGACCGUAUCUCUUCUUCUAGUCUAGCUUUUUAAAAAGAAAUGGACAAGCUUGCUGCUAUUGGUGUGCAAAUAUUUCAUAUUUGAUGCUGUGUGAUAUCAUCCUCUGCGGUGGAUACAUAAACUUAUGUUUCUCUUCUUCUUUUUUAUUCUUAAUUUCUGUUUUGUUGGUGAAUGCUUAA